CCAUCCGUGGACUUGUUUUUUUGCGCAGACACCGGUUUGAACAGUUGACACAUUUUUCAAUCAGGAGCCAACUCUAGACGAACCUGUCAGCUGAGUCAGAGCAAAGAGUCACAUGUAGACAUCAGCUGAGCGGAAAAAGACACAAGAAAAGCCUGCGCAACUAAACAGCUCCUGUCGCAGGUAAAAAAAGAAAACAAGAAAAUGGCUCAUCUCCCGACACUUUUCAAGUAUGUGGACGAACACCAGGACCUGUACGUGCAGCGCCUUGCAGAUUGGGUGGCUGUCCAGAGUGUGUCUGCCUGGCCGGAGAAGCGUGGAGAGAUUAAGAAGAUGAUGGAGAUGGCAGCCAAGGACAUUGAGAGACUGGGGGGGACGGUGGAGAUGGUGGACAUUGGCAAACAGAAGCUUCCCUCUGGAGAGGAGAUCCCCCUGCCUCCUAUUGUCCUGGGGACUUUGGGCUCCGACCCCGGCAAGAAGACUGUGUGUAUUUACGGCCACCUCGAUGUCCAGCCAGCCAGCAUCGAUGACGGCUGGGAUACAGAGCCGUUUACUCUGGUAGAGAAAGAUGGUAAGCUCUACGGAAGAGGCUCCACUGACGACAAGGGCCCAGUUUUGGCCUGGUUUAACUGCAUUGAGGCCUAUCAGAAGAUCCAGCAGGAGCUUCCCAUCAACAUCAAGUUCUGCUUUGAGGGGAUGGAGGAAUCUGGAUCUGAGGGCCUGGAUGAGCUGGUGUUUUCCCGAAAAGACACCUUCUUGAAAGAUGUGGACUACGUCUGCAUCUCUGACAACUACUGGCUGGGCAAGACCAAACCCUGCAUCACCUACGGUCUGAGAGGAAUCUGCUACUUCUUCACUGAGGUGGAGUGCUGUGAUAAGGAUCUACACUCUGGGGUGUUUGGCGGCUCCGUUCAUGAGGCCAUGACUGAUCUCAUUGCACUUAUGGGCUCCUUGGUUGACAAGAAGGGGAGGAUUUUGGUGCCUGGAAUGUACGACAGCGUGGCACCUCUGACAGAGGAGGAACAGAAGCUGUAUGAGAAGAUUGAGUUUGACUUGGAGGAGUACAGCAAAGAUAUGGGAGUUGAACAGCUGCUGCAUGGCACCAAGGAGCAAAUCCUGAUGCACCGCUGGAGGUACCCAUCACUGUCUCUCCACGGCAUUGAGGGGGCGUUCUCCGAAGCCGGAGCCAAGACGGUCAUUCCCCGCAAGGUCAUCGGCAAGUUCUCGAUCCGCCUCGUCCCUGACAUGGACCCCAAAGUGGUGGAGAAACAGGUUCUCGACCACCUGCAGAAGAAGUUUGCUGAGCUGGGAAGCCCCAACAAACUGAAAGUGUACAUGGGCCACGGGGCCAAAGCCUGGGUCUCUGACUUCAACCACCCACACUACAUGGCUGGUCGAAAGGCCAUGAAGACAGUCUUUGGUGUCGAGCCUGACCUGACCCGUGAGGGUGGCAGCAUCCCCGUCACGCUGACCUUCCAGGAGGCCACAGGCCGCAACGUCAUGCUGCUCCCUGUAGGAUCCUCCGAUGAUGGAGCUCACUCCCAGAAUGAAAAGCUCAACAGAUCUAACUACGUUCAGGGAACAAAGAUGCUGGGGGCAUACUUCCAUGAGGUUUCUCUGCUGGAAUGAAUCAAUGAUGUUUUAUCAUGAAACAUGUAAAACCAUGUAAAAUAUGUCCAUCCUCAUUGUUAGAGCCAUAACCAACCUACAGUUUACUUUCCACAGCUAACGGUUUUAUACAGAAAUAUACACACAAAAACCAAUAAAGUGUUUGUUUUUUUUUGUUUC